AUGUGGCAUGAAGCAAGACGAACGGAAAAGAAAAUAAAGGAAUUGAUGGUCGACCAUAAACGCCGCGCCGAGCGGAGGAGGGCAUAUUAUGAAUCCAGACUCGGUGAUCCAAGCCAACUCUUACGAAUAACAGGGUCCGCAAUAAAACUACAUGCAGACGCUGAACAACAUUUUUUUCAUGAGAAUCCCGAAAAGUCCCUAAUGCUUUGGCAGGGUGAUAAUGAAACUAGAAUUGACAGGUUUGAUGGGCGUGCGUUAUUAGAUUAUUUGCCGCCUAAUGAUCCAAAUGUUCCGAUACAGUCGAGCGAAGAAAGGGAUUAUCGAGAGGAAUUGAAUUUCGAAAGGUUUCGUGAUUUGAUUGAAAACGAACGUCGAAAUGUCACUGAAGCAGAGUGUCUCGAAGAUAUAGAGGCUGAAUGGACACGAUUGUUGGAGCGACACAAAGCCAUGAUGAAGAAAUUACAGCAACAAAUACCUGAAAGUAGUAGUAGUCAUGGUAUUUCUUAUGAUUAUGGUACAACAAGACAGGAAGAAUCUAAUAGCGAGGAAGAAUCUCAUCUUUUGGAAGAUAUCCUUGGAUUGUUGAUGAUUUAA